AUGGCGCCUUGCGCGCGCUGCUGCUACAUGGGCGCGCGAUGCGUGACAGGCGCGCCCGGCCACCCUGGAAGACCGCCCAAGCAUCGUCUCGCCGUCUCCUCGCCUGGGCCCCAUGGCAAGUCGACGUUGCGAGACGUGCAUGCCGUCGAGUCCCACGCACCCAUAAUGGCAGUGGCAGCCGCUCAUGAACCACAGCCAGAUUUCUGGGCAGUGUCAGGUGACAUGUCCGCUUUCUUCGCCUCCCCUUCCCCUUCACCUUCGAUGCAUCACAGCCCUGCGUCGGGUGAGGAUAUCCUCCAGGGGCUCCUCGGUGCAGAUGAUGAUCUCUACGCAAUGCUUCACGUGGGUGGCGACGCUAGCACUGCCCUCGAUCUGGACAUGGAUCCGCUUCUCGAUCAUGAGGAGCGUCUUCUGCCCCUGACUCCCCUCCCGCAAUGUUCCAGCGCGGCAAGCUUGCUGAUGAAGUUCCGAGAGGACGUUGAACAGCGCAUUACCACGGUUGACGCAUACUACGCAGACUCCUCUCAGGUCCUGCAUGGCUGCAAAGAUGGGGGCGCGGGCCGAGACGUCGAGAAUCCGGCCGCGUUACUUCUGACAUGUACCAAACAAUUCACCGACAUCAUCCAGGGCCUGAUACCGGCGACUCAUUUGUAUACGCAGACCGAGGAUACGCUCAGCACCGAGAUUGUGCUCCAGGUUCUGUCUAGCUACCUUGCCUUGAUUAGGCUUUUCGACUCUCUAUUCCACCGCAUCUACCAAUACAUCUGCCAGGUGCCGCCCGAGUCGUACCAGUCUAUCAAGGUCAAAUCGGUACUCCGCAUUGGCGGCAUCUCUUCCCUCCAGAACAUGCCGCUAAAGGCGUAUGCCAUGGGCAUUCUUGAUGCCAUUCAAGGCCAAAUGCAAACCCUAGAGCGUUGUAUGGGCAUUCCAGCCGAUUACUGCCUCUCGGGCGAGGCGGCUGCCUUACCCACCGAGGCUACCCCAGGCAUCUUCUCCCGUGCACAUCGAGCACGCUUGUUUUGGGCCGUUAUGGCGCAAGAGGAUGUCAAGUCACGGCGGGGUAGCAUGUCUUACGUAGAGUCGAUACGCGCCAGUAUCAAGGAGUCAAUGGCAUUUCUUCAUGACUAG